UGCUGCUCUGAUCCUAUAGUUAAAAUUCAGAGAAUUGGGAGUGACGUCAUCCAUAACAAUAAAAAAGCUUCUCUUGUGAAGAUGAUGUCUGCAAAAGACAUGGUUAAAGUAAUGGUUGUCAUGUUCGCGGUUUGUUUUCUUGCAAGAUCGGAAGGGAAGUCUGUUAAGAAGAGAUCUGUGAGUGAAAUACAGCUUAUGCAUAACCUGGGCAAGCAUCUGAGCUCCAUGGAAAGAGUGGAAUGGCUGCGUAAGAAGUUGCAGGAUGUGCACAACUUUGUUGCUCUCGGAACUUCCAUAGCUUACAGAGAUGGUAGUUCCCAGAGACCCCGAAAAAAGGAAGACAAUGUCCUGGUUGAGAGCCAUCAAAAAAGUCUUGGAGAAGCAGACAAAGCUGAUGUGGAUGUAUUAAUUAAAGCUAAACCCCAGUGA